CGGGGCUGCGAUACCCCCGCGGCCCCGCCGCGCGGAGCUCCAGGCCAUGGGCUCGGGGCGCGUCCCCGGGUUCUGCCUGCUCGUCCUGCUGGUCCAUGCGCGUGCCGCCCAGCAUGGCAAAGCUGCGCAAGAUGUGGAUGAAUGUGUGGAAGGGACUGACCAUUGCCACAUCGAUGCCAUCUGCCAGAACACUCCACGAUCAUACAAGUGCAUCUGCAAGUCCGGCUACACGGGGGAUGGCAAACACUGCAAAGAUGUGGACGAGUGUGAACGGGAGGACAAUGCAGGCUGUGUUCACGACUGUGUUAACAUCCCUGGUAAUUACCGAUGUACCUGCUAUGAUGGAUUCCACCUGGCACAUGAUGGACACAACUGUCUGGAUGUAGACGAGUGUGCUGAAGGCAAUGGUGGCUGUCAACAGAGCUGUGUCAAUAUGAUGGGCAGCUAUGAAUGUCACUGCCGAGAAGGCUUCUUCCUCAGCGACAACCAGCAUACCUGUAUCCAGCGGCCAGAAGAAGGAAUGAACUGCAUGAAUAAGAACCAUGGCUGUGCCCACAUUUGCCGGGAGACUCCCAAGGGGGGCAUUGCCUGUGAAUGCCGCCCUGGCUUUGAGCUCACCAAGAACCAACGGGACUGUAAAUUGACCUGCAACUAUGGUAAUGGUGGCUGCCAGCAUACAUGUGAUGACACAGAGCAGGGUCCCCGGUGCGGCUGCCAUGUCAAGUUUGUGCUCCAUACUGAUGGGAAGACAUGCAUAGGGGAAAGGCGGCUAGAGCAGCACAUGCCCACUCAGGCCGUUUCUAAUGAGACCUGUGCGGUCAACAAUGGAGGCUGUGACAGUAAGUGCCACGAUGCAGCGACUGGUGUCCACUGCAGCUGUCCUGUGGGUUUCAUGCUACAGCCAGACAGGAAGACCUGCAAAGACAUAGAUGAGUGCCGCUUAAACAAUGGGGGCUGUGACCACAUCUGCCGCAACACAGUGGGCAGCUUUGAAUGCAGCUGCAAGAAGGGUUACAAGCUUCUUAUCAAUGAAAGGAGCUGCCAGGACAUAGAUGAGUGCUCUUUUGACCGAACCUGUGACCACAUGUGUGUCAACACACCAGGAAGCUUCCAGUGUCUCUGUCAUCGUGGGUACCUGCUGUAUGGUGUCACUCAUUGUGGAGAUGUGGACGAAUGCAGCAUCAAUAAGGGGGGCUGCCGCUCUGGUUGUAUCAACACACCUGGCAGUUAUCAGUGUACCUGCCCAGCCGGCCAGGGCCGCCUUCACUGGAAUGGAAAGGAUUGCACAGAGCCAGUGAAAUGUCAGAGCAAUCCUGGGGCCUCCAAAGCCAUGCUUAGCUGCAACCGGUCUGGCAAGAAGGACACUUGUGCCCUGACCUGCCCCUCCCGAGCCCGAUUUUUGCCAGAGUCCGAGAACGGUUUCACGGUGAGCUGUGGUACCCCUAGCCCUAAAGCUGCUCCAGCCCGAGGCAUCCACCCUGGAAACAGCACCACCUCCAACUAUUGUCAUGAGGCUGCAGUGCUAUCAGUUAAGCAGCGGGCCUCCUUCAAGAUCAAGGACGCCAAAUGUCGUUUGCACCUGCGAAACAAAGGCAAAGUGGAGGAAGCCAGCAGAAUCCCAGGGCCAGGUGGUAGCCCUUGCUCUGACUGCCAAGUCACCUUUAUCCACCUCAAGUGUGACUCUUCUCGGAAGGGCAAGGGCCGACGGGCCCGGACCCCCGGCAAGGAGGUUACCCGGCUCACACUGGAAUUAGAGGCUGAGGUCCGAGCAGAAGAAACGACAGCUGGCUGCGGACUGCCCUGCCUCCGACAGAGGACGGAACGGAAACUGAAAGGGUCCCUGAAGAUGCUCAGAAAGUCCAUCAACCAGGACCGGUUCCUGCUGCGUCUGGCAGGCCUUGACUAUGAGCUAGCCCACAAGCCAGGCCAGGUAGCUGGGGACCGAACAGAGCUGGCGGAGGUCUGCAGGCCUGGCCAGCACCGGGCAGGCACCAAGUGUGUCAGCUGCCCGCAGGGAACGUAUUACCACGGCCAGACGGAGCAGUGUGUACCAUGCCCAGCGGGCACCUUCCAGGAGAGGGAAGGGCAGCUCUCCUGCGACCUUUGCCCUGGGAGUGAUGCCCAUGGGCCUCUUGGAGCCACCAACGUCACCACAUGUGCAGGUCAGUGCCCACCUGGCCAACAUUCAGUAGAUGGGUUCAAGCCCUGCCAGCCAUGCCCACGGGGCACCUAUCAGCCUGAAGCAGGACGAACCCUGUGCUUUCCCUGUGGUGGAGGCCUCACUACCAAGCAUGAGGGGGCAGUCUCCUUCCAGGACUGUGACGCCAAAGUCCAGUGCUCCCCGGGCCACUACUACAACACCAGCACCCAUCGCUGUAUCCGCUGUGCCAUGGGCUCCUACCAGCCACACUUCCGUCAGAACUUCUGCAUCCGCUGCCCAGGAAAUACGAGCACUGACUUUGACGGCUCUACCAGUGUGGCUCAGUGCAAGAAUCGGCAGUGUGGUGGGGAGCUAGGCGAAUUCACUGGCUACAUCGAGUCCCCCAACUACCCGGGCAACUACCCAGCGGGUGUGGAGUGCAUCUGGAACAUCAACCCCCCACCCAAGCGCAAGAUCCUUAUCGUGGUCCCGGAGAUAUUCCUGCCCUCCGAGGAUGAGUGUGGGGACGUUCUCGUCAUGAGAAAGAACUCCUCCCCAUCCUCCAUCACCACUUAUGAGACCUGCCAGACCUAUGAGCGUCCCAUUGCCUUCACGGCCCGUUCCAGGAAACUCUGGAUCAACUUCAAGACUAGUGAGGCCAACAGUGCUCGUGGCUUCCAGAUUCCUUACGUGACAUAUGACGAGGACUACGAGCAGCUGGUGGAGGACAUAGUGCGGGACGGCCGGCUCUAUGCCUCUGAGAACCACCAGGAGAUCCUGAAGGACAAGAAGCUUAUCAAGGCCUUCUUUGAGGUCCUGGCCCACCCCCAAAACUACUUCAAGUACACAGAGAAACACAAGGAGAUGCUGCCCAAAUCGUUCAUCAAGCUGCUACGCUCCAAAGUCUCCAGCUUCUUGAGGCCUUACAAAUAGAGCCCACGGGCCUAGAGACCUGGGUUUCAGAGCUCCAACUCACUGGCCCGCAUAGCUGGCGCCCCAACCUCAAGACAAGAAUCAGUCCUCCCCUUUUGGAGGAGAAAUAUCACUACACCAGGCAAUCUCCCUUCUGUCUCCCCCCACCCCUCUCUCUCUCUCUCUCUCCUCUCCUUCUUUCUUACAUAUUCCCUGGAAAAACCAUUCAGUGCCAGGUGAAGGAAAAGAACUCUCUCCUCUGCCCACCUCACCAGCUCCCAUCCCCAGCCCUCCAGUCUGGAAGGGUGUUGGAGUCCCAGAACAGGAUGGGCCUGCUAGGAAGUGGGGGUGGGGAGACAGGCUUCUGCCAUUACAGGAUGGUUGUGCCUUGCUAGAAAGGAGCCAAAAUAUCCCCUGUUGUGUUCUCCAGAGUGACUCUUUACAGCCCAGUGUCCUGCCAAAGAAGGCUUUGACAU